UGAAAGGAAAAUUCAUAGAACAAUAUAUUCUUUUAAAAUUGCACAUUUUUACUAAGUAAUAAAAAGAACUUGUGAAUGAUAUUCUAAAUCAGGAAACAAAAUUUAAAAUUACCCUUGUCUGCAAUCAAUAUCCCUCACCAUCCAACCAUCAGCAAACUUUACAGAAGCAAGAUAGUAGAUGAAGCCCAAGUAUGAACCACACGAGGAUACGGCAGGCAGAAGGCCUGAGAAAGGCUUUAUUGAUAGUUGCUGAAGAGAGACAGGGCUUCACUACUUGAAGAAGCUAUCAAGUAUUCGAAGAAGUAAAAUGAUCGUAAAAUUAUAAACUUUACAUGGGCGAAUAGAUUCCACCUUAUAUAUAGCCACAGCCAUUAUAGAUAGUUUGCCAUGUCUGCUAAGAAGAAAAUGGCAUUUCCAGAGCUAAAUCCCACAACAAAUUCUAUAAUCCCAAACAAAGCCAUUUCACUAGUAGCCGAUGGAUUUCUAUUUGUCGGAGGGGCUGUAGUGGCUAUUUCUCUAUUAUGGUCUCUCUUGUUUCUGCUCAACUCUGAACCAAGUUUCCAACCCCCAUUAGCCCCCUCUGUUGAUCACGGCAUUAACCUUAGCUAUGAUCCACCUGAUCCUACUUUCUAUGAUGAUCCAAAUCUAAGCUACUCAAUUGAGAGCUCCAUCAAGGAUUGGGAUGCAAAGAGAAUGGAGUGGCUUAAGCAUCAUCCUUCAUUUGCAAGCAAUCAGAUUCUCCUUGUUUCAGGAUCACAACCGCUGGCUUGCAAAAACACUGUUGGGGAUAAUUUGUUGCUAAGAUUUUUCAAGAACAAGGUUGAUUACUGUAGAAUACAUGGCUAUGACAUUUUCUACAAUAAUCUUUUAUUACAUCCCAAAAUGACAGGGUUCUGGGCCAAGUAUCCGAUCAUUCGAGCAGCCAUGUUGGCUCAUCCGGAGGCCGAGUGGAUAUGGUGGAUUGACUCUGAUGCAGUGUUCACUGACAUGGAGUUUCAGAUUCCAUUUGAUAAGUAUAAAGAUUACAACCUUGUGGUUCAUGGUUGGUCAUCUCUUGUUUAUGAGAAACAAAGCUGGACUAGUAUCAAUGCGGGUGUGUUCUUGAUCAGGAACUGUCAAUGGUCUAUGGAUUUCAUGGAUGUUUGGGUUAGCAUGGGUCCUCAAACACCUAACUACGAAAGCUGGGGCCAAAUUCAAAGAUCAAAAUUCAAAGAUAAGAUGAUACCAGAGGCAGAUGAUCAAGCAGCUCUUAUUUACCUCCUUUUAAAAGAAAAGGAAAAAUGGGGUGACAAGAUUUACAUAGAAGAGGAGUAUGACUUGCAAAAGUACUGGUUAGAUGUAGUAGAUGCUUAUGACAAUAUUACUCGAGGGUAUCUGGAAAUAAAGAGGGAGGUGCCUUCUUUAAGGAGAAGACAUGCGGAGAAGGUGAGUGAGAAGUAUGGUGCUUCUUGGGAGCAAUAUCUCAAGGCCAAGAGCAGCUUCCAGAGGCGGCCUCUUAUUACACACUUUACUGGGUGUGAACCAUGUAGUGGUAAUCACAAUCCUGCGUAUUCUUGGGAUUCUUGUUUUAAUGGGAUGCGAAAAGCAUUGAACUUUGCAGAUAAUCAGGUACUUCUCAACUAUGGUUUUCUGCAUCAGAAUUUGGUGGAUUCUUCCUCGGUGUCUCCUCUUAACAUUUGAUUUACCAGCUUAAUAAUCAUCACUGUAAAGAAGGAAAUGGAAGAGAAGCCAUUCUUUUACUUUAUCACCAUACCCUCGAUAAUGUAAUGACCAAAAUUUAGACAAUGGGUUGCUGCAAUACUUUUUUACUUGCCGUAAAUUGUUCUGUUUAAACAGCUGCUAUCUCUAGUGUGUAACGCAUCAGGAAACAGCUUUAUUUUUUCACAUGACCAAGAAUAAAGCAUGCUAUGCUCUUGGGACAUAAAUUUUAUUGCCAGUUGUGAAUUUUAUAUUUAGUUAGUUGAUUCUUUGAACAUCGUUUCUCUUUCACUUUUUUUCCUUUGGCUGGCUGUUGGUUUUAUAUAAGAAUCCACUUCCCCAUCUUUGCUUAUUGAGG